AACGGAAGCUGGAUUAAAUGUCUGGAGUCGGCCAGCCUUUCUUGAGUUUUUAUUAAAAAAACAAAGGCUGCGUUGGACAAACAGACGCCCACCCUUCUUCUCUCGUUAGCGGGACACCUUAGUGUCUGCAGGAAGGCAGCAGCGCUGUGUGUGAGCGAAGAGCAGCGGAGCUCCGUCGAUGCUGUCGGACGCAGAUUAUGGGGGGACGGCGCCCUGCAGUCGCUCGAGGGGAAAAAAGCGAGCGGGAUCGGCAGUGACGGUAGAUUCCUCGGCAGGGGAAAGCAGCUCCAUGCGCUCAGCGAGGCAGGCUCCUAAUGCCCGGUCCAAACGGAGCACCAGCACUCCGACGGCACAGGCCAAUACUAAAAGAAAAGCUCCAGAGACAGAGGAGGAGGAGGAGCAGGUGGAGAAGAAGUUCAGGAAGUGUGAGAAGGCUGGGUGUCCUGCCACGUACCCCGUUUGUUUCGCCAGCGCAUCGGAAAGGUGUGCGAAAAAUGGGUACACGUCCCGCUGGUACCACUUAUCCUGUGGAGAGCACUUCUGUAAUGAGUGUUUUGACCACUACUACAGAAGUCACAAGGAAGGUUAUGAGAAGUACACCUCGUGGAAGAGGUUGUGGACGGAAAACGGGAAGAGUGAGCCCAGUCUGAAGGCCUUUAUGGCUGACCAGCAGCUCCCUUACUGGGUUCAGUGCACAAAGCCAGACUGCGGGAAGUGGAGGCAGCUCACUAAAGAGAUUCAGCUAACUGCCUCGCUGGCUGCAACGUACCGCUGCGGUAUGAAGCUCAACAACGUUAAAAGUGAAGGACCGGAUCAGUGUUCUCAACCUGAGGACAUGAGAGUGGCUGGUGUAGCUGAUAGUUGGUGGCACUCCAUGCUGAUUCUGCCGCCGCUGUUCAAGGAGAGUCCGGCUAACCCUUUCCUCACCGCUUACUACCCCGACUGCGUGGGCAUGAGUCCGUCCAGUUCACAUGGUGACCUGCGGCCUGAGCAGCGCCGCAACAUCCAGCCACAGAUCCCAGGUUUGUGCCCAUACUUCCAGCCGUUCUACCAGCCCAACGAGUGUGGAAAAGCUCUCUGCGUGCGGCCGGACAUGAUGGAGCUGGACGAGCUCUACGAGUUCCCAGAAUUCUCCAGGGAUCCCACCAUGUACCUUGCUCUGCGCAACCUCAUCCUGGCUGCCUGGCACAGAGACUGCAAGGAGGCUUUAACCCCGCAGAAGUGUGCGCCUCACGUUAUCGUGCGGGGUUUGGUGAGAAUCCGCUGCGUUCAAGAGCUAAACAGAGUUCUGCACUUCAUGACCCGGAAAGGAUUAAUCAACACCGGAGCGCUGCUGGCCAAACGGCCUCUGCUGCCAGAGCCCUACCACAACAAGAAGGUGUUGGUGAUUGGAGCAGGACCCUCAGGACUCGCUGCCGCUAGACAGCUGCAGAACUUUGGCAUGCAGGUUGUGGUGUUGGAGGCGAGGGAGCGAAUAGGAGGGCGAGUUUGGGAUGACACUUCGCUGGGCGUCACUGUGGGGCGAGGAGCUCAGAUCGUUAACGGCUGUGUCAAUAAUCCCAUCGCUCUAAUGUGUGAACAGCUGGGUGUGAGGAUGCAUAAGCUGCGUGAACGGUGUGACCUGAUCCAGGAGGGUGGCCAAAUCACUGACCCUGCCAUAGAUAAGCGAAUGGACUUCCACUUCAACGCCAUUUUAGAUGUCGUCUCUGAGUGGAGGAAGGACAAGACGCAGCACCAUGACGCUCCACUUGGGGAAAAGAUUCAGGAAUUGUAUAAGACGUUUCUGCAGGAAUCAGGCAUUCAGUUCAGCGAGCUGGAGGAGAAAGUACUUCAGUUCCAUCUCAGCAAUCUGGAGUACGCCUGCGCCAGCACCCUGGACCAGGUGUCGGCACGAUCGUGGGAUCAUAACGAGUUCUUUGCACAGUUCUCUGGAGACCACACCCUUCUGACCGAGGGCUACUCCACUCUGCUGCACAAACUGGCCCAAGACCUCAAUAUCCACCUCAAGAGGCCGGUGAAGUCCAUUGAUUACUCAGGAGAUGUUGUGAAAGUCACCACCUCAAGUGGAACCCAGUAUACUGCUCAGAAGGUCUUAGUGACGGUUCCUUUAGCUCUUCUCCAGAAGAACGUUAUCCAGUUCAGCCCUCCUCUCCCAGACAGGAAGCUCAAAGCCAUUCACAGCUUGGGAGCAGGCAUCAUAGAGAAGAUCGCACUGCAGUUCCCCUAUAGAUUCUGGGACAGUAAAGUCAAGGGAGCUGAUUAUUUUGGUCAUGUUGCCCCGAGCCCAGACAAGAGAGGAUUGUUCAGUGUGUUUUAUGACAUGACUCCGAAGGGAGAUCAGUGCGUGCUGAUGUCAGUGAUAACCGGAGAAGCUGUGGCCGUGGUCAGAGAUCUGGAAGAGAAAGAGGUGGUUGAGCUCUGCAUGAACGUCCUCCGUGAACUCUUCAAGGAACAGGAGGUUCCAGAUCCGCUGAAGUACUUCAUCACACACUGGAGUAAAGACAUGUGGUCUCAGAUGUCCUACAGCUUUGUGAAGACAGGGGGCAGCGGAGAGGCCUAUGACAUCAUCGCCGAAGAUGUUCAAGGCAAAGUUUUCUUUGCUGGCGAGGCCACGAACCGGCACUUUCCUCAGACAGUAACAGGCGCUUAUCUGAGCGGAGUACGAGAGGCGAGUAAGAUCGCAGCACUGUAAAGCUUCGGGCAGGUGACGGACGGACUGGACCUUAAAUCAGAGCUUCCAUGACCUUUUGGAGCAGGUGUUUCAGAGCUCCAAUCAGGAAUUAUAACACCUCACCAAUUAUUUUGGUGCAGCAGUGAAACAGCGGCCGAUAAAAUGGACUUCAUAUGGAUUUCCCACGGUGUUACAUACCUGGCAAAGUUGAAGUGAUGUUUUGUGAAGUGCUGAUUAUGGCUCAAAGCUGUUUGAUGCUUUGUUAUCUGGUGGUUCUUCUCAUGUAAUCAUGGCUCAUACUUUAUUUGGUGAAAUAUGUCGGUGUUUUACUGCUCCUCACACUUUUUCUUGUU